GCGGGAGGUAAGGGGAUCGCGAUAGGCCCCCACGGGGGCGUAAGGUCCUGGCCGGCGUCGUGGGCCGGGUGCCCGUCCCGCGCGCGGGAGGGGCGCCCCGCAGGAAGCAGGGCAUCAGGUUGUUUUUCUACAUGAGUGGAGAAGGUAGAUGUUGCAAGUAGAAGAGAUACAACAUUUUUUUAGGAUGUCUGAAGAUGAAGAAAAAGUGAAAUUACGCCGUCUUGAACCAGCUAUUCAGAAAUUUACUAAGAUAGUAAUCCCAACAGACCUGGAGAGGUUAAGAAAGCACCAGAUAAAUAUUGAGAAGUAUCAGAGGUGCAGAAUCUGGGACAAGUUGCAUGAAGAGCAUAUCAAUGCAGGACGUACAGUUCAGCAACUCCGCUCCAAUAUCCGAGAAAUGGAGAAGCUUUGUUUGAAAGUCCAAAAGGAUGACCUUGGACUUCUGAAGAGAAUGAUAGAUCCUGUUAAAGAAGAAGCAUCAGCAGCAACAGCAGAAUUUCUUCAACUCCAUCUGGAAUCUGUAGAAGAGCUUAAGAAACAAUUUAAUGAUGAAGAAACUUUAUUACAGCCUUCUUUGACCAGAUCCAUGACUGUUGGUGGAACAUUUCACACUGCUGAAGACGAAGCUGAUCCUCAGAGUAUGACUCAGAUAUAUGUGUUGCCUGAAAUUCCUCGAGAUCAAAAUGCUGCAGAAUCAUGGGAAACCUUAGAAGCGGACUUAAUUGAACUUAGCCAACUGGUCACUGAUUUCUCUCUCCUAGUGAAUUCUCAGCAGGAGAAGAUUGACAGCGUUGAAGACCAUGUCAACAGUGCUGCUGUGAAUGUUGAAGAGGGAACCAAAAACUUGGGGAAGGCUGCAAAAUACAAGCUGGCAGCUCUGCCUGUGGCAGGUGCACUCAUCGGAGGAGUGGUGGGGGGUCCGAUUGGCCUCCUUGCAGGCUUCAAAGUGGCAGGAAUUGCAGCUGCACUUGGUGGUGGGGUGUUGGGCUUCACAGGUGGAAAAUUGUUACAAAGAAAGAAACAGAAAAUGAUGGAGAAGCUCACUUCCAGCUGUCCAAAUCUUCCCAGCCAAACUGACAAAAAAUGCAGUUAAAAACCAAACUUCAGUAUUACUGGCGCCAACAUGUCUAUCCUUUGCUGCUGUUGGACACUCAGUCAGCUUUUGGAACAUGAUUAUAUUCAAAAUAGUGGCUACAGAUGCUCAAGUGGGAUUGAACUGUGAUAAGUGGAUAUAUUUUGUUGUUUACUGGGGUGUUAAUGGGGAUGUUAGAGAUUGAGGAGCCUGGACUGAGGGUGUACAGUGUUUGUCAGGUAAAGUUUAAGGACUGCCAGGGAGCAGAUUUUUUGCCUGGAAAUGUGAAAACCCAACCAUAACUUUGAUAAGGAUUUGUGAUAUGUGAACAUGUUGGGUUAUGGAAGGAUAGUUUUCAGAAUAGUUUCUUCCAUAACCCUGACUUGGAGACUCCAAGGCUAAGCAUAUUGUAAAUAUGCUUCUUUAUCUCCUAAAUAUAGUUUUUUUAGGCAUUUUAGCAGAGAAAAGAAUAGAAGUUCAGCAGCUUUUCAUAUCAAAUAGGGAAAUCAGGACCUAGCAAGGUGCAUGAGUAAACUGCAUAACGGAGUCCAUUUGGUGAGCCCUAUUGCAAUUUGGUCUAACAAUAUUUUCAAGUGAAGGAAACAAAUAGUGUAAGAAAAUGGAAAGAGAGGCCCAAGUUCUCUUUCAGAUAUCUUAAUUUAUGACCCUGGCUUCUGCUCUGAACUCUUUUUUCUGCCUCUCUGUAAAUAAAGAACACAGAGUCUCAAGUGGUAGACUUACAAAGCCAGUCACUAAGCUUGCUCUGUCAGCCUGUCUCUUAACACGUCAAAUAUCUAGUCCCCUCUGCCUUCCCUCCCUUGUAAUUUUGAAAAGUUCUUUGACUUAUGGGGUGAAUUCUACCCAUGUGUAAUGCAGACUUCUCUCAUAAUCUGUUUUUUUUUUUAACAUCUUUAUUAGAGUAUAAUUGCUUUACAAUGAUGUGUCAGUUUCUGCUUUAUAACAAAUGUUUGGUUUUUUUUGUUGUUGUUUUUGUUUUGUUUUUUUUUUUUUUUGGUAUUGGCUGCCAUCUUUGUUCAUCCUCUACUGUAACCUCUAGGUAAAAAAGAAAGUGAGAGAAAGAGGAGGUGUCGAUUUCCAAAUACUUCCAGCGCUGUUAGACUUUGAGCUAAAAAAAUAAGCAAGGGGGGAACACCAGAUCAUUUCCUGGGGCAUCUUACAAUUUCAGGGGGCUCAUGUACUUGCCGUGCAGGGAGUGUUUGACCCUAAGUCUCUUAAGCUGGCACUUGGAGGAGCUAAGAACUAGCUUUCUACCUCACUUCUAUUGCUACCAUCCUUUUCCCCAGGCUUUGCUAUCUCCUGUGAUUCCUUCAUUUUGCACAGCUGCUGUUUCUUCCCAAGAAUGGCAUUCAUGCUUGCCUUUUCUCACAUUCAAGGUUGAUGAUGGACAAAGCCUGAUGCCAAAACUCAGUCCUGGUGGAGGAUUUGUGGUGCUAAUCUCAACACUUGACAUUGACAGCAAGCAUGGCUCAGCCCAACCCACUGUCUAUCUCAAAUAGCAGAAAAGUUUUAAAUUUAGAAAAAAAGAACUUAAGAUUAUAUAGGCAGCCUCAUCCUGUACCCUCAACUGAUUUGAAAUAGGAAGGAACCACCUUUUGCCUUAUUCUUUAUUUUCUGAGGACAGAGGAAAGGGCACCUACACCACAGAAGAUGUGAACUCUCUGCUCAGGAGCCAAAUGGAUUCAUCGAGUAGUUGAAUGGUUUAUCACUUCUCUCUUGCUGAGUUUACUCUUAAUAACUUUUAUUGAUUGCUACCUUUUACUUCUGUAUCUAAUCUAAAGAGACCUUUCUCUUUCAUACUUUUUGCUUCUCACCAGUGAAUUCCAAUGAGGCAACCCACCAUUUCUCAUUGUUCUUAAAUAACUGGAAAACAUCAAGUAUUGCUACCUGCUGACUCAUAUCUUUAAUAUAAUACCAAGAAGGCAAGUACUUUGAGUAAGUGUCAGAUUCUGAUCCAGCAUUUGAUAUGUGAUCUUUAUCCCAACCUGUAACGUUGGGAUAAAUACUUUUGGACUCCUUCUUUCUAUAUUUUCUGAUCCUUGCUGUCCCUUUAACACAGGGCAUUCAAACCAGAAUGAGGAUCGGAAUUGCCCAGGGUGCUAAUUUAAAACAAGAUUCCUAAACUUCAGUCCCAUGGGUUCUAAUAAUAGCCAAUCUGGCCUGGUCAGCUAAAAUUAUAAAUUUAAGAUACAGUUAUAUCAAGAUUCAGCUGUAUUGUUGAAUUCUGUAAUUUCUAAUAUUCUACCCUUCAGCCAACCUAAAAUUCUUAUUCUGCCAACCUAAAAUUGACUAGCUCACUGUCUUAACAGCAGUAGGGACUCAUUAUACUGUCAGGCUGGUUUUACCUCAAGACGUGAAGGAGAAAAGAGGCCUGUUACUGACCCUCACAGUUUGUUUUGGGAGCUCUCCUUUUUACUGAGCCAGUGUGGGACAUCACUGUGGUAUAUGCUCAUAUAGGCCUUUGAUUUUUACUACUCAUCAGGAUUUGAAUAUUACUCUAACAGUCUUCAUGCUUAGGCAAGUUACAAUCCUUUUAAAAAGUUUUAUAAUUUAAAAUUAUUUAGAAAUUGUAUCUAAUUUCCCCAUAAUAGAACCUAAUAGCCAACUUUUUGUAGAAAUUCUAGAUGUGCUUAAACAACUAUAAAUGAUAUACCUAUAAACUAUAAAGUGUUUAGAAGUAUAAAUUAGUCAAUAUAACACAGAAACCAAUCUUAAAAUAGAAUUUAAUGCCCUACAGUAUCAGAUUAAAUUUAUCUUCUCUAUGAUUCAUGUCUUAUUUUUAUUGCAACAAGUCAGAAGGUAAGGAACACUUCAAGUUCUUAAAAUUUACAGGGUCUCAUUUGGAUAAAGGCAGCAUUCCUAAAGCCUUUUUAAUAUAAUAAUCUGAGAAUUUCUCUGUAGAGCAGAGACUUUGAAACUUUUUGGUUGUAAUCCACAGUAAAAACUGCAUUUAUAUCAAAACUCAGCAUGUGCAUUAUGGAACAAUACUUGCCAUUAUGUAUAGUGUACUCUGAUGUUUUUUAUUGUUUCAGUUUUUUAAAUAUUCUAGUUGUAACCUACUAAAUUGAUUUCAUAAUCUACCAAAGGGUUUUUUGACCCUUAGUUUGGAAAAAAAAAAACAAACACCCUUAUAGAGGAACUGAUAUUUAUGGAGUAUUUUCUGUUUGCCAGGCACUUCACUAGGCAUUUUACAGGUAAGGAAACUGGGUCUCAGAGGAGGUAAAUAAUUUGCAGAGGGUUAUUCAACUACAAAUGGGUGAAGCCAGGAUGUAAACUAAGUCUGUUGAACUACAAAAACUUUUGUUACUCUCAUACUGUGUUGCUUCUGUGUAUUAAAAUUGAGAUGGGCUAUUCACUCUGCUUCACCCAGACACCCAUAUAUUCUGUAAGGCAGGCUUGCUUUGAAAUUACACAUGCCAUUCAUUUGCACUUUUCUUAAAAUCUUCUGUUUCCUCACCAAAUGGCCAGCAGCCUCGAAGUUUUUAAUGGUGGCCAACGCAGAAGUACGCAGUGCUGAAUUUGGUCCUUAGACUAUAAAAUUAAUAGUGUUUCCAUCCCACCCACACAUCCUACAGAUUUCCUUAUAUUUGUGAGUCAUAGCCAUCACUUAAGCAGUGCUUUUUAUAUUGAAUUUUAAAAUAAACUUUAAUAUUUUUUAAAACAAUCAUAACUCAUAGAAUCAAAUGAUUAUCCCUUAAAAUGGUACCCUUGGGAGGCCAUGCACUUACUGUAGUGAUGCUAGUAUUACUUAGAAUAUUUUUGAAACUCUUCUUUUGGAAUUGCCUCUAAAGACAUUUUACAAAUCACAUAAAAAAGCCAUCUCAGUGUUUAUCAGUCACAGACUAUGCUCCCUUGUCCUUAUGACCUCUUCUCUCUUCCUUCCUCAGUUUUGCUUUUCUUCUGCUGAUUUAGCUCUCCUACCCACCUAAGCUGGAGCCAAUAACCUAAGAAGCCCCAGAAAAGGGGUGUGCUGGCCAGAGUUCCCGGAGCAAGAACUUUCAGGUUAUACUGAAGCCGUGUGCUGUAUAGGGAGAGUUCUGCGAAUCCAAAAGCCUUCCUCUGUGGGCUGCCUGCCUGCCCGUAAGUGCCCCAAAGUAGUUUGCGCAGGAGUAAGGACUGAAUACUGUCGUUGUCUAUCAAUCACAAGACACUGUACAUGAAAUGUACACCAUUUUUCUCCAGUGAAGGUCACAGAAGCCAAACCAAGCCAUUCUUUGUGUUAACUUAGAAAAGUCAUUUUCAGGGUCCCCCUUGCCCUUCGUUGCUGCCACAUGACAUCUUUGGGAGGAAGGAUGAAGAAAAGCAUGGGGAAAUGGUUCUCCUGUGAAAUGGGACAUUUUCUUCUCAUAAUAAAGUAUAACAUGGCGGUGCCUAUCAGGUACUUAUGAGUGCUAGAGACUCUUUUUAAGUAGUCAGAGGCCUAAUAAAAAGUAGGGAGGCUUCCCCCUAGCCUAAAUUAAUGUGAACAGUUCAGGUUCUGUUUGUGUUUUGAGUAACAUUUCAUGUUGUUUCUAACAAGAUGUUCUCAACUAUUUAUAUUCAUUAAUUUGACACCAUUUCACAGAGACACUUCUUGGGUAUUGUAAACAAUCAGUGGUAGAAGAUCCACAUAGGGUCCAUAUUCCUGCCCUCAGAGGAAUUAUUUAUUGUGGGAGACAAGAAAAACGUCUGUGCAAUAUUAACAACAGAAAUAAAUUCAUAUAGAAAUGUAAAAGGUGUCAAAGGCAAAUGAUUUGCCCAAGAUUAAAGCUAGUUAGCACAAAAGCUAGAAUUAUAGCCAUGGUCUAAGAAAAAAAAAAUCCACAAAGUAAUUUAACUGAGUUUGUUACACCAUAUCAGGUUGCCCGCUGAAGCCUGUGGUCUUUCACACCAGCUUUAACAUUCCAAAUCAGUCAACAGCUAUAGUGGAAAGAGAAUUGGAUGGGGAAUCAGGAGAUCAGAGCUUUACUUGUGGCUUUGUCACUUUUACUCAAGCGUGGCUCCUUUCUCCCAUUCUAGCCAGGGAGUCUCCAUUCUUUAUAUCUAGCCUCUUACUGGGUCUUGUUAAUUGUUUGAAUAUUAGUUGCGUUCAUUUCUUAAAUAUAUUCAUAACCAUCACUCUAGUAAAAGACUUUAUUACCUCACAUCCCCUACCUCAUCUUCCCCAACUUUAGGCCAUUCCCCACAUCAUUGCCACAAGAACUGUCUUUCAUUUUUCUGCUGAAAUAUUUUCAGCAGAUCCUGUUGAAUACCUGAUAAAGUUCAGCCUUCCAUAUACUGGCCCCAGCUUUGUCUCUUCAUAUUCACUACUCAACCAUCUGACAAUGCCACUGAAAAUCAGACAUUCCGUAAGAAUGAUUUUAAGCUUUUUCUAUGGUGAAGGUACAAACUGGUAAUAAACUAUGUUUAUGUUUUUUUCCAGACUAAAGCAAUUUCUGUAAUACUACAUUUUACAAAACUAGUCAACUGAGUUUUGUUUAAGCUCUUGAACAAGUCUAGAAGUUGUUUCCUAAGGAGAAGAAAUCUUUUGUCCCCUCAGAGGAAAUUACAUUCAAUUUCUUAACCUCCAAAACAAUGUCAGUCUUGUCACCUGUACAUUGGAUAGCCAAAGCAUGAAGAUUUUAAUUUAGCAGCAUAGAUACUCCAGACUUGAAUGGACCAUUGCCCAGCUCCUGUGAGAAACUUGACUAAUAAAUAUUUGAGGAAAUUACUCGAGUACAUACAUACAUGUUAUCCAUACAUUUCUCAAGUACUUGAGAUUGUCUUUUAUUAAGGUUAAUCACUAAAAAAGAUGUUUACCAAGAUUUCUUUAAUUAACCCCUAAAGAUGUUUUCCAUUUUAUUGUUAAAACCCUUGGUGUUAGCAAGGUUCAGCACAAAAAAAGGCCCAAUGGUGAGAAUUUCUACAAAUUAUGUAAAGCUUACUGAAUUCGCUUUUUAUGUUGCUGAGUGGUGCUUAUAUGAGGAAACAUGCAAUAAAUUCAUUCAACAAACGUUUAA